AUGGGCAAAGGAACGGACAAGCUUUAUAUCACACAUUCCGAGUGGGCGUCGGAAGAUGCCUUCUCAGCCAGUGCGGGCGCGGGCGUCGCUAAGGCUAAAGGGGGAGGUGGUCAUGCGCCCUUCAAACGCCUCCCCUUCAACUUCUGCUCCCUUUCCCUACAACCUUUUGCGCACCCGGUCUGUACGCCAACAGGCACUAUUUUCGACCUCACCAACAUUCUUCCUUGGAUCAAGAAGCAUGGGACGAACCCAGUGGACGGGUCACCUCUGAAAAGCUCAGACCUGAUCAAGCUCACUAUCGCGAAGAAUGAUGACAACGAGUAUGUCGACCCGGUGACAUAUAAGAUUUUGACAAACAACACCCACAUCGUCGCACUGCGAAACACUGGAAAUGUAUUUGCCUGGGAUACCGUGGAGCGAUUGAACAUUAAGGGGAAACUUUGGCGUGACCUGGUUACGGAUGCCGAGUUCAGUCGCAAGGAUAUCAUAACGUUGCAAGACCCGCAAAACAUCGAGUCGCGCAACCUCAGCUCCUUCAACUAUCUCAAGGAUGGCGAGACGGCUAUCAUGGAAGAGCAGCAGGCUUCGGGAAGUGUCAAUGCCGACGCGCUCGGUAGUUCGGCCAAAAUCCUGAAGGCGAAGGAGGCCGUGGCCAAGGCGCGGACCGAGCGAGCACAGAAACAAAGUGGCUCUGCGGCUUCAAAGGCACUUUCCAAAAGUGGCUCUGCAGGCACGAAUGCCUCGAAAGCAGGGGUAUCCCAGCCAGGAAAGCCCACGCCGUACAACGCCGCGCGAUUCACGACCGGCAAGGCUGCUGCAUCUUUCACCAGUACCGGAUUGACCCCUCACACCUCAGCUGAGCUGGCACUCCUAUCAGAAGAAGAGUACAUGUUGAAACGUGGCCGGGUCAAGGGCAAGGGUUACGCUCGCCUUGACACGACCGCUGGGCACCUGAAUGUGGAACUCUAUGCUGAAUAUGCUCCCAAAGCUGUGUGGAACUUCAUUCAGCUUGCCAAGAAGGGGUACUAUAAAGAUGUCACUUUCCACCGCAAUAUCAAGGGUUUCAUGAUUCAAGGUGGUGACCCUAGCGGCACUGGACGGGGUGGAGAGAGUGUCUGGGGCAAGUACUUUGCGGACGAGUUUGAGGGACCCUUGAAGCAUGAUGGUCGAGGCACAUUGAGUAUGGCCAACAAGGGCAAGAAUACCAACAGCAGUCAAUUCUUCUUUGCUUACCGAGCUCUACCGCAUCUCGAUCACAAACACACCGUCUUUGGCCGUCUUAUUGACGACCCCAGCCCUUCGUCGACGACACUCAACUCGCUUGAACUCCAUCCGGUGGAGACCUCUACCAACCGGCCCACUCCCGAGGUCCGCAUCAAAGACAUAACUGUUUUUGUGGACCCCUUCGAAGAUUUCCUUCAGCAGAAACACGCAGAGGGCCAACAAGGGACAGCUGGCGAGAAGGCCGAGGAGGAAGCCGAGAAUUCUCGUCGUGCGGACGACGACCAAGUCACCUGGACCGGCAAGCGUGUGCGUGGCCCUGGCGCGGGCGCCAGUGAAGGCGGCUCGACGGGCGUUGGUAAGUAUCUCCAGGCUUCGACGGCCGGUCGCGACGGCGAGGAGGACGAGAUUGUGGAGUUUGUAGACGACGAGCCUGAGCCUGCGCCCAAGAAGGCGAAAAGGACAGGGGGCUUCGGAGACUUUAGUUCGUGGUAA